AUGAGAGAUGGUGGGUGGGAGAUUCAUUUGAGUAAGGUUACCUCAUUUUGCAAUAAACAUGCCAUUGUUGUUCCCAACAUGGAGGAUAAAUACAUUCCUCAAGGAAGAUCAAGGCAUUUUAUUAAAGAAGCGAUAUAUCUUCAUCAUUUUCGGGUGGAAGUGUUUAUAGGAGUAAUUGAUCUACAACUUCAAGAACUUAAUAAUCAUUUUGAUGAGGUUAAUAUGGAGUUGAUUAAAUGCAUGGCUUGCUUGUGUCCCAAAGAUGGAUUCUCUUCUUUUAACAAGGAAAAUGUACUUAAACUUUCCACUCUUUAUCCUUCCGAAUUUACAACUAAUGAUUUAGAUACUCUUGAUUGUCAACUUGAUAUAUUCAUGGAAGGUAUGCGAGAUGAUAGUGGUGAAUUCCAAAAUGUCAAUGAUCUUUCUUCCCUUGCAAUGAAGUUUGUUGAAACACAUAGGAAUGAACCUUAUCCACUUGUAUUUUUGCUCAUCAAGUUGAUGUUGAUUCUUCCGGUUGCUACGGCAAGUGUGGAAAGAGUGUUUUCGGGAAUGACUUACAUAAAAAGCAUGACCCUUUUCGGGGCCGAAUAUUGCGAGAUACAACUUAAGUGGAAGAGCAAAAGACAUCGAGGAAGCUUGAGGUAUGACCCUUUUCGGGGCCGAAUAUUGCGAGAUACAACUUAA